AUGGUUUCGGCGAGAUUCUGGCAUCAGCUCAGAGACAUCAUUUGGAAGGAUCCCUCCGCACUCUAUCGUCUCGCCGUUAGAUGUGCCGCGUGCAAACAACACAUGACUGUCGGAACCGACGAUCGACCCAUGCACGAAUCUCAUGGCAUACAUAUUCUACCUUGCGGGCACAUGACCCUCUUUCGCAUCCCCGAUGCGGCGAUCCCUGCUAUGGCCUUUAUCGAUGGCCUCGCUGACAUCUACAACUGCAUGGACGUAGGCCCGAGGCCACUGCCCAACAACCAGUUCUAUGCCUUUUCAGCCACUCUCAACGGCCAUAGUUACUCAUUCCUCCCUAAGGGAACUGUAUGCACUAGGCAGCUUGAGAUUCCGAUCGAUAUGAGAGAAAUCGUCAAGGAAACCAAGGAGCAGUUUCUUGACAAGUGGAAGGGCGUCUGGCGCACUUGGCAAGUCGGCGAGUUCGAGGUUCGGUUUGACCUCUACGAGAAUACCAAGUAUUAUUCUCUCAAGUCAAAGAUCAAGAGGUCGGCUAAGAAGUUGCAGAGGAUUUUUACUCGCAAGCUCUGA